AUGAACUACCAGAACGACUACCGCCAGACAGGCGGCGAGCAUAAUGGUAAUGGUGCAAACCAUCAGCUACAUUCGCAGCAGAUCCCAAACUUGACCUACAGCCAAUACAACGCAGACAUGUCUAUGGAAGAAGACACCAGCUCGUACGUAGAACCAGUGCCUUCCACGUGGGGCGUAACGGAUUCUCCAAUGCUGCUGCAGCGGCAGCAGGGUAUGGGUAACUUUCAACAGCCGCAGUUCCAGCUUCUGCCCACAUUUUCGGGAGGACAUUCAUUCGACAAUAAUGAAAGCAGAAAUGUGUUCCAGCUGAUCGACUCUGGCAAUUCGUUGAACUUCCGUCCACCUACGGCAUUCACAACCCUUAAUAACUCGUCCAACACAAACCUAUCGGACAUUAGCAACUCAAACAAUCUGGUGACCAACUCGUUGCAUGAUGCUUCCACAUUCACCGCAGUCAACUCGAGUUUAGGCAACUUGGCAGCAUCAGCGGCCAGGAAGGACGAUGCUGCUACUCGAGGUCGUCAGGUUCAGCAGAAUCAGCAAAUUCUGGAAUCACAGCAGCCACGGGUAAGCCAAAUGCAUGAAACCCAACAGUUCCACCAAAGCAUACAACCACAACAACAGAUGCAACCCCGUUUCCCUUCGGAGUUGCCUCAUACGCCACCUUCACAAUUGACCAACAGUGAGCCUCCUAACAGCAAUAGUAAUUACGUGUAUUUCUCAAGACAGCCAUCACUUUUGAGCAAAGCAACACAAGAUAAGGCUGCUGCAAUCAAGUUGAGGCUUGAGAAUCACUACCAGAUGUCGGUGACGCAUGCCAUUGAGCGUAAUCAGCGUCGUUUGGACUUGGAGAACCGCUUGGCUGCCGAAGAGGCUGCGAUGAGUGAAGAACGUAAAAACAGACAAUUGCAGAAUCUUGGAAAGAAAGAGUCGCAAUUUUUGAGACUCAGAAGAACGAAGUUGUCCUUAGAAGACUUUAUAACCGUCAAGGUGAUCGGAAAAGGCGCUUUUGGUGAAGUGAGGUUGGUACAGAAAAGAGACACAGGUAAGAUAUAUGCCAUGAAGACACUUUUGAAGUCCGAGAUGUACAAGAAGGACCAGCUUGCACACGUCAAGGCUGAAAGAGAUGUAUUGGCUGGAAGUGAUUCCCCAUGGGUGGUCUCGUUGUAUUACUCGUUCCAAGAUGCCGUCAACUUAUACUUGAUCAUGGAGUUUCUUCCUGGAGGAGACUUGAUGACCAUGUUGAUCAGAUGGCAGAUUUUCACCGAGGACAUUACACGGUUUUAUAUGGCUGAGUGUGUACUUGCCAUUGAGGCCAUCCAUCGUCUCGGGUUCAUUCACAGAGAUGUCAAACCUGACAACAUUCUUAUUGACAUUCGUGGUCAUAUCAAGCUUUCUGACUUUGGUUUGUCCACGGGAUUUCACAAGACACACGAUUCGAGCUACUAUAAAAAGUUAUUAGAGAAGGAGAACCUGUCUGGUUCCAACACAUUGAAUGUUCCAGGCAAGACUACGCAAAGAAACUCCAUGAUGGUCGAUGCCAUUCACCUUACCAUGUCCAACAGACAACAGAUGCAGACGUGGAGAAAGUCUCGACGGUUGAUGGCGUACUCCACAGUCGGUACUCCCGAUUAUAUUGCGCCUGAGAUCUUCAUCCAUCAAGGUUAUGGACAGGAAUGUGAUUGGUGGUCAUUGGGAGCCAUCAUGUUUGAAUGUUUAAUUGGAUGGCCACCAUUCUGUUCGGAGUCACCCCAUGAGACAUACAGAAAAAUUAUCAACUGGCAAGAGUCGUUGAUCAUCCCGGAAGACAUCCACUUAUCACCAGAGGCUGAGAGUUUGAUUCGCAGCUUGCUCACCAGCAGUGACAAGCGAUUGGGACGUCAUGGAGGAGCUGAAGAGAUCAAGCAGCAUCCAUUCUUCAGGGGAGUGGACUGGGAACUGAUUCGAAGAGUGGACGCACCUUUCAUUCCGAAGUUACGUUCCAUCACUGACACCCGCUUCUUCCCCACUGAUGAGUUGGAAAAUGUGCCAGAUAGUCCUGCCAUGAGCCGUGCACACCAGCAGGUGGAGGCCACUGGCCAAAACACCAAGGAAGAUCUUCCGUUUAUUGGAUACACAUACUCGAGGUUUGACUACUUAACCCGAAAGAAUGCGUUAUAA